CUGACCGUGAUAUGUAAAACAAAGCCAUGAAAUUAAAUCAAAUUAAUUCAAAAAAUCGAUAUUGAAUGAAGUCUUAUGAAGUUAUCGGGUGAAUAAUCAAAGCGGUAAAAUAAUUUACAGUUUUCAAAAUGACUUUGGGGACUUUUUAAAGUACCCGGAUAGUGAAUCUAAAAUGGCGAAUCAGGGGAACAACAUAGAUGACAUGGGGAGGAUACCUCCUCCAAACUGUACCAAAAUAUUCAUCUCAAGAGACUUUUCUGAAGGAACUACAGUGAAAUUUCUCACAAAAUUUCCAACAGAAUUGGAAGGAAAGAUUGAUAAAAAGGACUUUGAUGCAACAAUGAACAGGCUUAAUGAACUAUAUACGGAAGCAGAGAGUUUAAGCUCAAAGUCAUAUUGUGAAAGUUGCUUUGCUUGUCUCUCUGCAUAUCUUGUUUACAUGUGUAUGGACACUCAUUAUGAAAAAGUUUUAAAAAAGAUUGGCCGGUUUUUGCAAGAUCAAAAUGACAAUGUGUACCUUCCAAGGGGUUUGAUGCUGAUUGAUCCCAUAGAGAGAGGCCUCAGAUGUCUUGAAAUAUGUAUACUGACAGAAACAUCGCCCUCAAUUACAAGGUGAAAUGACAAUAGCAAACUGUGUGUCAGAAUUCCAUAGAGAGACUGCAUUGGAAUACUUAUUCUACAAUAGUGGACUACUUUUUCUACAAUAGUGGACUACUAUUUUUACUAAAGUAGGAAGAUGUACAAUGGAAGUUUUACAAUGCUGCAUGAAAUAAUUGAGAUGUGCUUAGUUGUACAUAUGAAACUUGAAUGAAUGUUAUCUAACAUAAAUUAUAUUUUGGAUCAUCACAAAUAUAGUGGAUCAUAUUGUAUGGUUUAAGGAUUUAAGCCCUGGACU